UUCUGAUCGUAAUUUUUCCAAAUUUUAAGUGUGUUUUGUACUGUUUUUACAAUAAAAUGCUAUGAUUAAUUCUUAUGUAGUGUGCAGAAAACACCCCGAUUUUCAAGGGUAAACAGAAAAGCAGAAAAAAUCGUGAAACACUGAUUUUUAAGGAUAUGUCUGAAAUACCGCCGUCGAUCGUGAGCCACUUAUCAGGGGAACAACAGUAUACUUUGAAACUUCUCUUGAAGACUAAGGACCAAGAGUUGAAGACUAAGGACCAAGAGUUGAAGACUAAGGACCAAGUGUUGAAGACUAAGGACCAAGAGUUGGAAAUACAAGAACUUAAAUUUGAGGCAGAAAUAAAAAAAAUGGAAGAUCGUCUAAGCGCAGCAAACUAUAAGGUUUUAUUGUCACAAAAACUUCUUACUAUAAGAAGUUUCAUGCGUUUUAUCAGAGAUGAAUUCCUUUUUAACGUAAAGGGGACCUUCAAAGACAAAUUGAUGGUGUUAGCCAAUGAUAAUCCCGAGCUACUUGAAGAGUGGAAAAUCGACAAAUAUUUUAGUAUUUAUCUAACGUUGAUGAAUGAUUUAAAUCAACAUGCACACCCGUUUUUCGACACGGACGAAGCUUUUAUUCUGGUUGAGGGCGACUUAGAGCUAGAAGCAUUACAAUUAAUUGGGUUUCUAUGGUGUGUCAUACCUCUGCCCCGAAAAAACCUCCUUAUCAGAAAUUUAAAUAAGGAUGUUAUCCCUUUGAUUAAUUUUAUCAAAGAAUAA